AUGCUUAAUAAAAGCAUAAAAGGAGGUAGAAUAAUAGGCAAUAAAUGUUUUAGAUGGUGGAAUAACUUACACAUAUCAUGGAAAUUCGCAAUCGGUUUUACAGUUCUUUUUCCACCAUUAUGGAAUUAUAAUGAAAGAAAAAAGGCAAAAAGCAAACAAGUGUAUUAUAACAAAGCAAUAAGAGAUUAUGUAUUUUUUGAUAUAGCAGUAGAAAAUAAAUACAUUGGUAGAGUACUUAUUGGUUUAUAUUCAGAUCAAGUACCAUUAUCAGUAGAAAAUUUUAUACAACUUUCUGAAGGAUACAAAGUUAAAGAUAAAUAUAUUGGAUAUAGGAAUACAUUUAUUCAUAAAAUUUAUCCUGGUAUUGGAUUAAUAGGAGGCAAUGUAUUAAAUGAUAAAGAAGGUUUAAGUAUAUAUGGAAAGAAAUUCCCUGAUGAAAAUUUUGAUAUGGAAUUUGUACAGGAUGGUGAUGUUGCUUUAUAUAAUCAAGGCCCUCAUAGUAAUUCCUCACAAUUUAUUAUAACAUUUGCACCUAUGCCUAUUUUACAUAAACAUAAUGUAGUCAUUGGAACUGUCUUGAAAGGUAUGGAUAUUAUAAGAACUAUUGAAAAGAUGGGAACAAAAUUAGGAAAUCCAAUGUAUGAUAUAAAAAUUAUUAAUUGUGGCUUGUAUCGAAGUUUAGAAGAAGAUGGUCCGCCUUUUUUUAAUGUAACAAGUAUUCUGGAUAAAAAUAAUCAAAAAAUUAUAUCUAAAAAGGAGUUUGAACACAUGUCUGAGCAAGAAAGAAAGGAAUUAAUGAAUAAAACAGCAUCCUCUUAUAAAGCCCGAGAAAAGAAUAAGCUUGGAUUGACCAAAUAA